AUGGUAGUUGAGUAGAGCAGCUCAUAAAUAAGGAUAGAUUGGCAUUUCUAAUGGCUCUCAGGAGAUCUAGUGACUUUAGAAGUAAGUGCUGGAGUAUAGAGUGGCUAAAUCCUUAAGGGAGUCUCAAAUAGAUUAGUUGAUAUUUUGGGAUAUGCAAAUUAUGAGGAUAUGAUUCAAAAUCUACGUAUUAGGGGACUACAAUCAUCUAAUUCGAGUUAGAACUCAGACAAAUUACAAAUUUCAAGCAUUAUGCCUCCAUAUUUGACUGCCUCUCACAAUUAUUUCAUUUCUAGAUUCAUACAAAGGGGAUACACUUAUUAUUAUGACAAACCAAUCAAUUCUUAUGCAUGUGAUGCCUAAAGAUUUGUAUUUCCAAUCAACACCAACUUAUCUUUUAAUUUUUAAACUCUGUCUGAUUUUACACUUUUAGGAUCUAUUUUGAAAAUUAAAGAUGAUGAUGAAUAUCUUAUUUUUGAUUAAUGGGUUCGUAUCUUAGGUGUUUCCUUGCAUACUUUUGAUAAAUUGAUAUUGAAAGGAGCUUUGGAUGAAUUUGGGAUGGUCCAGUAUAAGUCUGUAAAUUAAAAAAUGGAGAAACUUGGACAUCUGAAAAAUGCCUUAUUACAUAACAUAGCCAGAGAUAAAAAUGCUAAAUUAUUUAAGAAAACCAUAACUACGCAUUAAAAAUUAGGCACAACAAAAUUUUAAUUGAAAAGAACAUAUCAAAAACCAUCAGACAUUUUGUUACAAUUUGGAAGUUGGAAAAACUAUUACAGAUUUACUGGCCAAAGACAUCUAUUAUAAAGAGAAUCUCAAGAAUAAUUUAAUCAGUUAACAGACAAUCAGAAAAACUAAGAUGUCUAACAAUAAAAUAAUAAUAAGUUAUUUGAAAGUCAGGCUAGUAAUAUGUUAUAAAGAUAAAUUAGUCAAUUUAUUGAUCGAUAACAGAGCUUAAAUUAAGUUGGAUUAUCCAGUGCUAUGUUAGGUAAAGAUCAGUAUAGAAACUUCAUUAUGAACAAUUUCAUUGAUGAAAAAGAACAUGUCCUUAUUGCAAGAUGA